CGGGCCGACCUCCGGGCACCUUCCCGGCCCCGCGCGUGCAGAGGCGGGCGAGCGGCCGGUGCCCGGGAGCGCGGCGGAGAGCCGGGCGGGCCCGGAGCGCUGGAGACACCCCGCGCGCCCCGCGCCCCGACACCAUGAGACCUGCCGCGCCUCCUCGCGGGCCCGGGGCUUCGCUCUCCGCUCGCUGAGCCCCUGCGCUCGCCACCACGGAAACUCGGAAAGCGGCGGCGAGGCGCCGGAGAGCCCCGCCGAGACGGACUCGACUUCCCCCCCGCCCCCGAGAGGCUGCCGGUCCCCGGUUCCCUGGGCUUCUCUAGCUUUAUCAUGAACCUGAUGCAAGCUUGGCUUUAGGAGAAAUUCAGAAGCCGGAGGGAGAGUCGAGGCAAUUCUUUGGUUGCUAAGCGUGAGUGAAGACACCCAGGAUGGCUCAGGGCUCUGGGGAUCAAAGAGCGGUGGGGAUUGCAGAUCCAGAGGAGAGUUCUCCCAACAUGAUCGUCUACAGCAAAAUUGAAGACAUCAUUACAAAGAUGCAAGAUGAUAAGACAGGGGGUGUGCCCAUCAGAACAGUCAAGAGCUUUCUCUCCAAAAUCCCCAGUGUUGUCACAGGUACUGACAUUGUGCAGUGGCUCAUGAAGAACCUUUCCAUCGAGGACCCAGUUGAAGCAAUACACUUGGGAAGCCUUAUCGCUGCCCAGGGCUACAUCUUUCCAAUCUCAGACCACGUUCUCACCAUGAAGGAUGACGGCACCUUUUAUCGUUUCCAGGCUCCUUAUUUCUGGCCUUCGAACUGUUGGGAACCUGAAAACACUGACUAUGCCAUCUACCUCUGUAAGAGGACAAUGCAGAAUAAAGCGAGGCUGGAGUUGGCAGAUUAUGAAGCAGAGAACUUAGCAAGACUCCAGAGAGCCUUUGCCAGAAAGUGGGAAUUCAUCUUCAUGCAAGCAGAAGCACAAGUGAAGAUUGAUCGCAAAAAGGACAAGACAGAAAGGAAAAUUUUGGAUAGUCAAGAACGGGCUUUUUGGGAUGUCCACAGGCCAGUGCCAGGCUGUGUGAACACAACAGAAAUGGAUAUCCGAAAAUGUCGACGUUUGAAGAAUCCACAAAAGGUUAAAAAGUCAGUGUACGGUGUGACAGAAGAGUCCCAGUCCCAGAGCCCUGUGCACGUGCUCAGCCAGCCCAUCAGAAAAACUACAAAAGAGGACAUCCGGAAACAGAUUACAUUUUUGAAUGCACAGAUUGACAGACAUUGUUUGAAGAUGUCCAAAGUGGCGGAAAGCUUAAUUGCUUACACGGAACAGUAUGUGGAAUACGAUCCCUUGAUAACACCAGCUGAGCCGUCCAAUCCUUGGAUCAGCGAUGAUGUCACUUUGUGGGACAUAGAGAUGAGCAAAGAGCCCAGCCAGCAGCGAGUGAAAAGAUGGGGCUUCUCUUUCGACGAGAUACUGCAGGACCAGGUGGGGCGGGACCAGUUCCUACGGUUCCUGGAAUCCGAGUUCAGUUCAGAAAACCUCAGGUUCUGGCUGGCUGUCCAAGAUCUCAAGAAACAACCCCUACAGGAUGUAGCCAAGAGGGUGGAAGAGAUCUGGCAAGAGUUUCUGGCUCCAGGGGCCCCAAGUGCAAUCAACCUGGAUUCUCAUAGCUAUGAGAUCACCAGUCAAAAUGUCAAAGAUGGAGGGAGAUACACAUUUGAAGAUGCCCAGGAGCACAUCUACAAGCUGAUGAAAAGUGACAGCUAUGCCCGCUUCCUCCGGUCAAAUGCCUACCAGGACUUGCUGCUGGCCAAGAAGAAGCCAGAAAGUGAGCAAGGUCGUAGAACUUCCCUAGAAAAAUUCACCCGCAGUGUGGGAAAGUCACUGGCGGGCAAGCGCCUCACCGGCCUGAUGCAGUCCUCCUGACCGGGCCUGCGGACCCCACAGCUGGGCGGCGGCGAUCCACGUCGGCAGACAGAGUUUCCUUACGAGGAGAUUUGGUCACUGUGAAGGAGAAAGAGUGAGGGUGAUGAAGGGUGACAGUGGGGAGACUUGGUGGGUGAACAGGGAGAUCAGAAAGAAAGAGCCUGCGGUCGGCGGUGGAGGAUCCUGUUUACAACCCCCCUUCCUUGCACAGUUGUGGUCCACCACCCUCUAAGGGCCCCUGA